AUGGACGCGACCAAGACUCGAAGGAGCAUUACUAUCUCUUAUACCGCUCCUCAGCCGUUCUUGUCCUCAUCGACAUGGUCUCAAAUUCACAGUACCCUUCUUUCUCAUCUUCCACUGCGCAACCUUCAUUGGAAGUCACCUUCACGGUCAUCUAUUGUCACGAUACAAGAGCUCGACGUUUCCUUGGUCCAUCUUGACACCGUGCGAGAUGAACAUACUUCUCAAGUACCAAUGACAUUAUUGGAAAAGCCAUUGCUGAACAUCUAUAUUGUUUCAUGUGAUAACACGGAUCUCGAAGGCUACAGAUCCAUUGUGAAGAAGCAGAUCAAGGACUGGCACUCUAUGGUGACCUCGAGAAAGAACCAGGAAUGGCUCAUAUUGCACGUCGUACGACCCGACGCGAAAGCUCCUAGCGGCAACUUCUUCCAAUUGAAGGGUUCAGUCUUAGACAAGAUACGAGCUGACUUUAACUCAGAAAAGCGAGAGCGAUGUGUGCAGUUGUUGUUGACGAUAGACAACCCGGCUGUCUGGGGAGAGGUGAUAAAUAAGAUCAAGGACGGCGUGCUACUCGCUUUCCAGUCCUCUGUAAAUCAGAGGGAAGAAGAAGUGAAGAGAUCGGAAGGCCAAAGACAGAUGCCCGGAUGGAACUUUUGCACAUUUUUCAUUCUCAAGGAAAGCUUGGCAAGAUCGUUUGGAGGUGUCAAGUUACACGACGAAGCAUUAGUGCAAUACGAUGAAUUGGAGGACACCUUUCAUCAGGUCUUGAAAGAGAAAAACUUAUCUUGGUUUGGAACGUUCAUAACACCCGAUCCUAAGGACGACUCAGCACCUCUGUUGUCUGUUUCGAAAAAACCAUAUCGCGACUUGAUCCUUGCAAACACGAUAUCUGUUUUUGAUCUGCGACUAUACUUGCUCGCACGCCAAUGCGAACUUUUCGCAAAUUCCGGUCGUAUACUCGAAGUUUGUACUAAGGUAGGGGGAUUUUUAGGCGCAUUUGGCCGGAGGUUGUAUGAGGUGGAGGUAACGUUACCUCCCUUCUUCGUGGAAUCCUGGAUAUACUCUUCUGCACUCAGUGUAGUGGAGCAAUGCGAUCUUUGGGUCGCUGAGCUUGGCUUGGAUCCUAGCAUAUCUCUGUACAAUGCUGGCAAAGCGGAAUUGAUACAACUGGCGCGCAAUCAGCUCGAUGCCAUCGGGAUCGAAGUAGGGCAUCUUCCCAGAAACCCGCCCUUUUCGAGCGCUUUGGCUUCUCACGGAAAGUAUGGUUCGUCCGCUGGCCAGAUCAGUAAUGCGCAACUUUUGGCUACCCUCAAGGACAAAGAGACCUUUUAUGACUUGUACAUUCUAAUUACGACCCGCGCCAUUGACCUUUACGCCAAAGCUGGCCGUCGAAAGUUUGCCCUCAAACUGCAUGGCAGCAUAGCGGCUCUAGAUAUUCACCGAGGCCGAUUGGAUGCUGCGCUCAACACGUACACCUCUCUUCCCGCGCAUUAUGCCCUACACUUGUGGACCUCUUUAGAAUCUUCUGCACUUUACCUCGCAUUAGAAACGCAUGCAUCCCUGGACCGACCUCGAGAUCGAGAAUGGAUACAUAUCCUAUUGUCCUUUAUGAAAGCUUACGCCGAAAGUGCGGGGGCAGAGUUAUUAAUAUCGGCAAAGGAUCAAGUUACCUACAUCUCUCAUCUUUUGGAACAGCUGAUAAUAGCGGCAAGCGAACUACAGGAAGAUCUGCACCACCCUGACCAUCCUGCUUUCUCCGUGGAAGUCACUCCUUCGGCAGAACUUGCUGGAUCCAAAGAUGGCUCGUACUUAGAAGCGACGGUCCUCAAUCUCCUACCUUGUCCGCUUUCUGCCACUGACCUUCAUGUCACUCUUAUUGGUCAAGAAUCGGAGCAACUAGUAUAUAGCUCUGGACCCUGUUCCCUUAGUGCUGGAAAAUCUAGAUUGAGGCUCUUCUGUCCGACCCCAUCCUCCGGUACUUUCAUUGUUGACAGUAGUGAGAUUCGCCUUGGAUCGCUUCUCCUCCAAUGGUCCCACCGCAAGUCUUCUAGCUCGAGCAGGGGCUCGAGGUUUUCGCGACCAAUGUUGGUCAAAAUUCCCCGAGACACCCAGGCAUUCAAUCUUGAUAUCUGUCCGCCCUUGGAGGUGCAACUUGACGGAACGCCAAGGCUCUCGAUGAAAAUUUGUUCUGGGAGAAAUAAAGUGAUAAGGGCUUCGUUCCGGCUGUCUUCCUCCGCUGUUAAAUUUCACAUGUAUGACGCUCGACUCGUGUCCGGGGAGCAAGCUAUCGCCCUUGAAAAGUCAAGCGAUCACCUUGCAUUUCAAAACAUGCAAGACAGUCAACAUAUAGAACUCCUUUUACCCCACUCACAUGCUUCAGGAAUUCAAGCUAUCAAAAUCACUGCUGAAGCAGAAUAUGUAACAGAGGCUGAGCCUGGCAUCACAAGAUCGUUGAAAAUAUACAGCACUGUAUCGAUAACUUUACCUAUCUCCGUUAACGUGGAGGACUUUUUCAGAGGCAAACGACUCUUCUCGAAGUUUACGGUAACGACAACGAACCAUCAACAUGUCCGGAUAGCAGAUGCCCAGCUGGAAAUUCCUCCUGGUUUGGAAACUGACGUCGAAGUGAUUGAUUGCGCCUCGAGGAGGCCGGUGUAUACAGUCAAGACAUCUCAACCAGUAGAUUAUAUAUUUCAAAUCAACUCGCCUGAUGGGCCUGUCAAAGAGCCUUUGUCUCUAUGUAUCAAAUACCGUACGUUACGGGAAGAGGUAGAGGCAGUGAUUUCCACGGUAGUUGACAAGAUUGCACCUAGUCUAGUAUCAGAACGGGAGACUGUGGUGGAAAGUCUCCUGAAGUCGCUGGAAUUGAACUCGAGCUGGGUAAAGCUCUACGAGAUAACUGGGGAGUUGGCGUUGCCUUCACAUGAUGAAGGGCUCGAGCAUCUUAUCGACCUGGUCAAGCACAUAAAGGAGGCUUUGUUGGCACAUCGACAUUCCAGCGCACCUGAAGGCUUUUGGCGCACGGUCAGGAUACCUGUUGACGUCCCCCACAAGAAUAUUGUGGCUGCUGUCAGCCUCAAGAUCUACCCAGAUUUGCUGACGAACUCGAAGCCGAUCUACGCCGGUCAACCUAUUCCGGCUACCAUCAACAUACACACCUCAUUCCACUGGGGAUCCAGUCACGGUGAUCAACAACGGCAAUACGUGAUGCAAUACGAUGUAGAAGAGAUGGUGAGAGAGUGGCUAAUCAGCGGUAGAAAACGCGGCAAUUUUGUCGCAAUGGAUAAUGCUACAUUCACCAUACCGAUCACUCUGGUGGCCCUUCACCACGGAGAGUUCGCUCUCCCUCAAGUCGCCAUUUCGGCGUUGCCAUUGACCGACGAAAUAACCAUGGGUUCACUGGCGAUGCCUAGCACUGAGACGCAUCAAAUACAUGGCGCAGAGACUAUAGUGAUCCUUCCACGCGGGGGACGUAGUACCUUGUUGGUUCUUGCUAACCCACCAUAUGGUUUACUGAGCUGCAAUAAUUCUCUUCAUGUAUUGAACGAGCUUGUCGGUUUGCUCCUCCGUGACCGCGUUGUAAAGAGAGACCCGUAUGCCUAUAGGAACAGAUACAGUCAGGAUGAAUUCGUGGAGCGAUUGGGUUGCCUCACCUCCAACAGAACUAAUAUAUACAUAUAUGAGCAAUAG